GUUUCAUAAACCCUGAAAAACCCUCUCAUUCGGCCGCUCCUCUCUCUCCGCUGUCUUUCUUGCAACUCUGAGGACUGAUAGCUCUUUACCGAGAAUUAUUUUCCUCUAUUUGGCGGAUUGCUGAGGAAUGGCGCCGCCUGCGAAGAAAUUUAACUCGAAACCUAGCUCGGAAAGACCUCGUGGCCGCCCCAUUGCUUCGUCACAGUUGCCUCUUCAGCUCGAAGACGAUGCUCCCGACUUCCCAAGAGGAGGGACUUUGCUUACUAGGGAAGAGAGAAAUGAGGCUAGGGAAGGAGUGGAGAAGGACUUUGAGACAGAGAUUAGAGUCCUGAAGAAAAGAAAGAAGGAAAAAAGGGUGCAAAAUAAGAAUAAUUCGACAGAGGAUGAUCUAGGGUUGCUAUUUGGAGAUGGAAUUACAGGGAAAUUGCCAAGGUUUGCUAAUAAAAUCACUUUAAAGAAUGUGUCAUCGGGAAUGAAACUAUGGGGCGUAAUUGCUGAAGUUAAUGAGAAAGAUAUCAUAGUUAGCCUUCCUGGAGGCUUGAGGGGACUGGUUCGUGCAAGUGAUGCAUUUGAUCCCAUUUCCAGUGAUGAAGUCAAUGGGGAUGUGGAUAAUAGCUUCCUUUCUCGAAUUUACCAGAAAGGGCAGCUUGUAUCUUGUGUGGUUUUGCAAGUGGAUGAUGAUAAGAAAGAAUUAGCAAAGAGAAAGAUCUGGCUUUCUCUGCGACUAUCUGCAUUGCACAAAAGCUUAAAUCUGGACUCUAUUCAAGAAGGAAUGGUGCUAAGUGCAUAUGUGAAGAGCAUAGAGGAUCAUGGUUUUAUGCUUCACUUUGGGUUGCCCUCUUUUACUGGAUUUAUGCCAAAGCAAAAUCAAUCUGAGGGAAGAAACCUUAAUGUAGGCAUAGGCCAGCUUUUACAAGGGAUUGUUAAAAGUGUGGACAGAUCUCGAAAGGUAGUCCAUAUGAGUUCUGAUAUGGAUGUGGUAUCAAAAUAUGUGACCAAAGAGCUUAAGGGUAUUUCAAUCGAUCUUCUUGUUCCGGGCAUGAUGGUUAAUGCUCGUGUGCAAUCAACUCUCGAAAACGGCAUUUUGCUAUCCUUUCUUACAUACUUCACUGGAACUGUUGAUAUAUUUAAUCUAGACAAAACUUUUCCAUCUUCAAAAUGGAAGAAUGAUUAUGCUAAAAAUAUUAAGUUUAAUGCUCGCAUCUUGUUUAUCGACCCUUCAACUAGAGCUGUUGGUUUGACAUUGAGUCCUCAACUUGUCAGUAAUAAAGCUUCAACAUCUCUAGUUAAGGUUGGAGACAUCUUUGAACAUUGCAAAGUAGUCCGGGUUGAUAAAGGGUCAGGCCUUCUUCUCGAAGUUCCUACUGAACCAUUUCCGACCCCUGCUUAUGUCAAUGUAAAUGAUGUAGCUGAUAAGGAAGUUAAAUUGGAUAAGAUCUUUAAGGAAGGUAGCUCUGCCCGUGCCAGGAUACUAGGAUAUAGGCACUUGGAAGGGCUUGCAACUGCUACUCUAAAGACUAGUGCAUUUGAAGGCUCAGUUUUCACUCACUCUGAUGUGAAGCCGGGAAUGGUUGUAAAAGCUAAAGUUAUUGCAGUCGACAGUUUUGGUGCUAUUGUUCAACUUGCUAGUGGUGUGAAAGCACUAUGUCCCCUCCGCCAUAUGUCAGAGUUUGAGAUUACAAAGCCCAGGAAAAAGUUUGAGGUCGGAACCGAGUUAGUUUUUCGUGUUCUCGGUUGCAAGUCCAAGAGAAUAACAGUUACACACAAGAAAACUCUUGUGAAAUCGAAGCUUGAGAUCCUUAGUUCUUAUGCGGAUGGGAGUGAUGGGUUAGUCACUCAUGGGUGGAUUACAAAGAUCGAGAAGCAUGGAUGCUUCGUUCGGUUCUACAACGGGGUUCAAGGAUUUGCCCCUAGAUCUGAACUUGGUUUGGGUCCUGGCAGUGACAUACAUUCUAUGUAUCAUGUCGAACAAGUUGUCAAAUGUAGAGUUGUCAAGUGUCUUCCUGCUUCGCACCGGAUAAAUCUCAGUUUCAACAUCACACCCACAAGGGGGUCGGAGGGUGAACUAAUCAAACCAGGCAGUCUAGUCUCUGGAGUUGUUGAGAGUGUAGCAACCAAAACAAUAGUAGUGGCUGUCCAUGAAUCAAGUCGCAUGAAAGGCACCGUAGUUCUUGAGCAUUUGGCAGACCACCAUGGUCUUGCCACUUUGUUGAUGUCUGUUAUGAAGCCAGGAUACCACUUUGAUAAACUCUUGGUUCUUGAUGUUGAAGGAAACAAUCUGAUACUCACAGCGAAGCAUUCUCUGGUUAACUCAAUCGAGCAGCUUCCUGCUGAAAUUAGCCAAAUUAGCUGCCAUUCUGUGGUUCAUGGUUACAUAUGCAAUAUAAUUGACGCUGGUUGCUUCGUUCGCUUUAUGGGACGGUUAACUGGAUUUGCUCCCAAAAGCAAGGUUACUGAUGACAGGAGAUCAGAUCUUUCUGAAGUCUUCUUUGUUGGGCAGUCUGUACGAAGCAACAUUGUGGAUAUUUCCAGUGAUACGGGUAGAAUAACACUAUCACUGAAGCAGUCUUUGUGUUCUUCAACUGAUGCAUCUUUCAUACAAGAAUACUUUCUUUUGGAAGAGAAGAUUUCGGAGCUACAAGUAUCAGACACUCAGGGCCCUCCGCUGAAAUGGACCAAUGGAUUUGGUAUUUGCAGUGUCAUUGAAGGAACAGUACAUGAAAUUAAAGAUUUUGGUGUUGUUAUCAGCUUCCAGGAAUAUAGUGAUGUCUUUGGCUUUAUCUCACAUUAUCACUUGGCUGAAACCACUUUGGAAAAGCACUCUGUUGUUCGAGCUGCAGUUCUUGAUGUUUCCAGGAUUGAACGCCUUGUAGAUUUAUCAUUAAAGCCAGAGCUCAUAAAUAAAACAAAGGAAGAGAGUUCUGCUUCAAAAACGCUUAAAAAGAAGCGCAAAAGAGAAGCCCAUAAGGAGUUGGAGGAUAAUCAAGUGGUUAAUGCAAUUGUUGAGAUUGUAAAGGAAAAUUAUUUGGUUCUCUCUCUUCCAGCAUAUAAUUACUCGAUAGGUUAUGCAUCAUUGACAGAUUACAAUACCCAGAGAUUUCCGAUUACACAGUUUUCCCAUGGACAGAGUGUCACGGCCACUGUAAUGGCUCUUCCAGGUCCGUCAACUGGAGGGAGAUUGCUACUGCUUCUCAAGUCAUUGAGUGAUGGCAUGGAGACAUCCAGUUCUAAGCGUGCAAAGAAGUCUAGUUAUGAUGUUGGAUCUCUUGUUCAAGCAGAGAUUUCUGAAACAAAGCCUCUUGAACUUCGAGUAAAAUUCGGUUCUGGAUGUAAUGGAAGAAUACAUAUAACUGAGGCAACGGAUGAUAACUCUGCUGAAAAUCCCUUCAGGGAAUAUAGAGUUGGUCAAAAACUGACUGCAAGGAUAGUUUCGAAGGGUAAUAGGACAGAGAGUAAUAGGGGAUAUCAUGGAUGGGAUUUGUCAGUCAAGCCAUCUUUACUUAAAGGAGAUACUGAAAUGAGUAAAUCAUUAUCUUCUGAAGACAUAAACUUUUCCUACGGACAACGUGUUUAUGGUUUUGUGUAUAAGAUCGACCCUGAGUGGGCCUGGCUGACUGUUUCUAGAGAGGUUAUGGCGCAGCUGUAUAUUCUUGACUCUUCAAGUGAACCCUGUGAACUUGAGGAUUUUCAGAAGAAAUUUUAUGUGGGCAAAGCUGUUUCAGGAUUCGUAAUAAAUGUGAAUAAGGAGAAGAAGUUACUUCGUGUAGUCUUGCAUGCACCACCUGCUUCUGGGGAACUCAAAGAAGCUGAUUCUGAUCGUCAUUCAUUAAGCCAUUUAGUUCAAGGAAGUGUUGUAGGUGGCAGGAUUUCUAAAAUCCUUCCCGGUGUUGGAGGAUUGCUGGUCCAAAUUGAUCAGCACCAUUAUGGCAAAGUUCAUUUUACUGAACUGACUGACGCAUGGGUCUCAAAUCCACUUUCUGGUUAUCAGGAAGGACAAUUUGUGAAAUGUAGAGUCUUGGAAAUUAACCAUGCUUUCAAGGGGAGUGUCCAUGUUGACUUAUCCCUCCGUUCAGCACAAGAUGCUUCAGGGCAUACUUCUACUCGACGUGUGGACACAAUAACAGACCUUCAUCCUGAUAUGGCAGUACAUGGUUAUGUUAAAAACGUGUCCAAAAAAGGAUGUUUUAUUAUGCUUUCACGGAAUAUUGAUGCCAGAAUCCUCAUUUCAAAUUUGUCAGACGACUUUAUUGAAAAUCCUGAGAAGGAUUUCUCGAUUGGACAACUUGUGACUGGAAAGGUACUUUCGGUGGAGCCAUUAUCAAAGCGUGCUGAAGUUACCCUUCGGACUUCAAAUGCUGCCGACGCUCCAAAGUCCAAUGCUAAUUACUUAAACCAAAUUUUGGUGGGAGAUAUAAUCCAUGGAAAAGUCAAGCGGGUUGAGUCUUAUGGGCUGUUUAUAUCCAUAGAUCAGACAAAUGUUGUUGGUCUGUGCCAUGUUUCAGAGCUUUCUGAUGAUCAUGUCGAUGAUCUACCAGCAAAGUUUAAAGCAGGAGAGAUAGUGACAGCAAAAGUUCUGAAGGUGGAUAAAGAGAGAAAUCGAGUUUCCUUGGGAAUGAAGAACUCAUAUAUAGCAGGGGAGGAAGGUUCUACGACACCUUCAAGACAAGGCAUUGAUGUUACCGUUGGCAUGAAUGGUUCGGUUACAACAUCUGAGCCAUCACUAUCCCAGAGCAGCUCAGAGGACAUGGAAAAUGGAUCUGAUGUUGAUCAUAUACCUCUACUAGCUGAUGCAGAAUCCAGGGCUCUUGUGCCACCACUUGAGGUCCAACUGGAUGAUAUAGAAAGCCUAGAUAUUCAAGGUGAUAUUAGUGAAAGUGUAGUGGAUGUUACAGAUGGCAAUGAAGAGAAAACCGAUAAGAAAACAAAAAAGAAAGCUAGAGAAGAAAGGGAACGAGAAAUAAGAGCUGCUGAAGAGAGGCUUCUAGAGAAAGAUAUCCCGAGGAGUGCUGAAGAAUUUGAGAAACUUAUUCGGAGUUCUCCAAAUAGCAGCUUUUUAUGGAUAAAGUAUAUGGCAUUUAUGCUUUCUUUGGCAGAUAUUGAGAAGGCACGGUCAAUUGCUGAAAGGGCAUUGAGAACAAUAAAUAUCCGAGAAGAGUCUGAGAAGCUGAAUAUCUGGGUUGCUUACUUCAACUUAGAAAAUGAGUACGGCAAUCCUCCAGAGGAGGCUGUUCAAAAAAUAUUUGAGAGAGCAUUGCAGUACUGUGACCCAAAAAAGGUGAAUCUUGCGCUUCUAGGCAUGUAUGAGAGAACGGAACAACAUAAAUUGGCUGAUGAUCUUCUUAACAAGAUGAGUAGAAAGUUCAAGCAUUCGUGCAAGGUGUGGUUGAGAAAGAUUCAGUCUCUUGUGAAGAGAAAUGGUGAUGGGGUUCAGUCGGUGGUGGAACGGGGUCUGAAGAGCCUCCCCCGUCACAAGCACAUAAAAUUCAUAACGCAGACAGCCAUCCUUGAGUUCAAAUGUGGGGUUCCAGACAGAGGAAGAUCCUUGUUCGAGAAGAUGCUGAGGGAGUAUCCCAAGAGAACAGAUUUAUGGAGCGUGUACCUCGAUCAAGAGAUCCGGGUUGGUGAUGCAGAUUUGAUCCGUGCACUAUUUGAGAGAGCAAUAAGUUUGAGCCUUCCCCCAAAGAAGAUGAAGUUCUUGUUCAACAAGUAUCUCCAGUACGAGAAGUCCACCGGUGACGAACAACGCGUUGAAUCUGUCAAGGCCAAGGCUAUGGAAUAUGUAGCCACUCUUGAUUGAACACUAUUUUUGCUUUUCCGACGCAGUUUUGUAGUAGUAUCUUAUAUUUUGUGUUAGAAUCACAUGACGAGGCAGACUGCUCUGAAACUUGAAAUGUUGUAUUUUUCUGCCAAUUUUGUAGUACUACAUUUAUCAAAUAUAUUAGAGUUCGAAUUUCUAAAA